UCUCUCUCUUUUCUCCUCCUCUCUCUCUCUGAGCCUUUCUGACCUCUUCACUGUAAAUGGUGCACUCUGGAGAUUAAGUCCCAGACCUACAUUAAUCUUAAUCUGUUGGCCAACAAGAUGUGUGUCGCUAGGAUGUCAUUGCUCUUAUUACUAUUCUGUCUCUCCCUCCCUCCUUCGUGACAUCAUCCACCCACCAUAUGUACAUCAUAAUGUAAUAGCAGAGGGUGGAGCAUGCAAUUCCUCACAGACGAAAAGCAAAAGAGUGGAUGGGAGGAUAGAGGAGGUGUCUGUUAGACAAAAAAAGAGAGAGAGAAAGAGAGAAAGGGAGAGAAAAGGAGGGGGGGGGUACAAUCAGGGAGGCAGGAGGUCAAAAAGGUUGACAAAGCUCAGUCCAAUAAUUCUCCCUUUCGUGCGUGCAGGCUCUUUCACUGGUCAUCUCCUCACCAGAUUGUCAGGGAAGUUGAUUUACUCGUGACAGGGGAAAAAAAUUCUACAGCAGCUUAAGUUAAUAUAUAAAAAAGGAAAACAAAUAAGAGUAAAACACUUCUGUCCUGACACGAGCAGAUAAGGACAGCCUUGCUAAAGAAGAGGAGAAAAAGACAGAGCAAAGGCACUGGUUGCGGACAAGAACUGUGAGAGAAACUGCUCUCGGCUGUCUUUGGGGAACCUGACUGGUCUUCGAUGCCUGCAUUCUCCCUGGGACUUUAAAUGAACUAAGUUAAUGUCAGUGGGAGAGAAUGGUACAUGGAGAGGGACUGUCUCCGUACCCUCUUCAAUUCCUCCUUUCUUUCACUCGCAGCUGUCCCACUCUGCAGACCUAGCUGUGGCCAUAUUUCUCAUCACCACAGGCGUGGUGUCAGUGAUGGGUAAUGGAGUGGUUUUGCUGAUUUAUGGGCGAAAGAGAAAGAAACUCAAGCCUCACGAACUGAUGACCAUAAACCUGGCGGUUUGUGAUUUUGGCUACAGUCUUUUUGGUGCACCCUUCCCUAUAACUUCCAGCCUGUCGCAUGCCUGGGUGUUCGGUGAGGCUGGGUGUCUGUUCUACGGGGUGCAAGGCUUUGUGUUUGGCAUCGGAUCUCUGAUCACCACCUGCCUUAUCUCUCUAGACCGCUCUUUCAAGAUCUGCAGCAUCCAGUAUGGCCAAUGGAUCGAAAGGAGACACGCAUCUUAUUCCAUUUUACUGGUGUGGAUCUAUACCAUAUUCUGGGGAUUACUUCCUGUAUUUGGGUUUGGAAGCUAUGGGCCAGAACCAUUUGCAACAAGCUGCACAAUUAACUGGUGGAGGAUGAAGUCCUCUCUCAAUGACAGAAUCUACAUCUUUCUCAUCCUGUCUCUCUGUUUCGGAGUACCCACCUUCAUCAUCAUCACCUCCUACAUUGCCAUCAUGGUUACGGUGUAUCGUUCAAACCGCACUCUGGCAUCCAUUCCCUCAUCAACAGUCACACACAGCAGCAAGGACUUAAGGCUCACAAAGAUUGCUGCAGUGGUCUGUUCAUCUUUUCUCCUGGCCUGGAUGCCGUACGCUAUCGUUUCUCUCUACUCUGCACUAACAGCCAAGGAAGAACCGGGAGAAGAUCCAGGGAUCCUGAGAGCUGGAGCUGGAAUGACUGGGCACGUAACCCCCAAGCUGGUGGACUUCCUCGCCUUCCCCUCGCUUAUCAACUGGACCUCCUUGGAAAAUGACAGCACCAUCUACGACUCACUGGACAUGUGGAGCAACAGAACCAUGCAUUCCAACUUCAGGCCGGGCUACAAUUCAGUGUUGGGCUCUGGUUCAGCCCUGGGAGCCCAAAGCGUACGGGCCGUGUCCAGCCUGCGUCCGGAGGUGACGCUGAUCCCGGCUAUGUUCGCCAAAUCUCACUGCAUGGUCAAUCCCUUCAUCUACCAGAUCAUGAACCGUGAGUUCAGGGCGGAUGUGUACUACAUGUUCUGUGGGAGAGGCUUGGAAAGAGAGAGGACGAGCAGAAGAGGAAGAGAGAGGAGUGAUUCUGAAGGCAAUCAAAGCAGCAUCAGCUUGUCUUACUGCCACAGCUGGAAGAGGAAGAGCAGCUCACACAUCCUCAGUCACGGAAACAACGGGAAGAAGAAGCAGCAACAGCGUUCAGGGAGCGAGAAGGGGCCCCGUGGCUCCUGGCAAGGCAGCGGGUGCAGCGACUGGGCCUCCCUGGAUGCAGCCAUGUUGGACACCCAGAUCAACAUGGAGAGGGAGAAGGGUAGCGAGGGGGACAGAGGAAAGGAGAAGGAGCAGGGCGGGUCCACCUCCAGCAGUCUGUUGACUUGUGAAGACUGAGGUGAUGAUUGUGGUGGUGGUGGAAAAAAUGGCUGUUAAGUAUAUUUAUUCUUAUAUGAAGAGCUUUAUGAAAAAGUAUAUAUUUUAUGAAUCGUGUUUGUAUGUCAUUGAUUUAGAAUGCAUGUCCUUAACACUGUCCCUAAAAGACUUCUUAAAAUAGGCAAUAGAUUAAUAGCUAUCUUUGUAAUGUACACAUUCACAUUUGACUCGAUGGCUAUUUAGAUGAAUGAUGUAUUUCAUUUUAACACAGACCACAACAGCUCUGAAUUAUCACAAAGUAGCCCAAUCUGGAAAUGGUGGUCAGACAGCCUCGUGUAAUAGACCUCCUGGAAAUCCCCUGUUGGUGACAAAUGAUAAAAGCAUGUUGUUUUGUGUUAACGUUGGGAUUGGACAUCUCAUUGUAGGCGCUGUUGUUGCCAACUUUCAUGGUUUGAUUUACAGAAUGGUGUUAAGACCCCUGAUUUAUAAUAGGCAGUCAUUUUAAAUGUGAUCCUUUGUGUCUUCUUGUUAAAAGUCAGUGAAUGUGUCAGUGUAAUCAUAGUGCUGUUUUUAAAUAUUGGUCCUAAUGCAGUGUUCAGUAAGCAAAUGUAUUUAACAACAUACAAUAUUUAACAGCAGCGGAAAAGUUGAUCAAAAACAAUAAAUGGUUCAACAAAA